AUGGCAAGGCGACAAAGGGAGAAGGGAGAUGACAAAGCAGCGAGUAAGCCACUUGGUUAUGUGCUAGGUGAGGCGUUUGGUUACAUGUUAGGUAAGCCGUUUGAGCGUGACGGUGAGCCAGAGUGCUGUGAUGGUGUAGAGGAAGGGGGCGCGGAUGCGGUAGAGGAACUCGGGGAUGGUCUCGUGCGCCAGCCUGUGGAGAGGGUUCAUGUGCUUGACGGCGACUUGGAGGGUCUUGCAGAAAUCCUCGCAGGUGCGCUUGCCUUGGUGGCCGCUGGUGGAUCCGGCGAGGCUGUGGACGUCCCUGUGGACGAAGCCGUAGCGGAAGAGUGUGGGCGUGGUGGAGUCGCAGUCCACGAUGGAGGGGCAUGA